AACAUUGCAUGUUUCCGUUUGAAAGGUCAGAGUCUGCUUUGCAAAAGAUCAACGGACUGGCAAUGAUGUAAGAGUAACUGAUUCUAUUGUAAAUAAUGAGUUGAAAGCAAGUGCGGCAAUUCAGAGCAGAAUGGACCUUUUGACAGCUACUGGAAAUGUAAAAUAUUCAAUCAUGUUUUGCUGUUUCUUGAUUCCAAACUAGUACAACAAUAUUUCAGACUUGAUCAAUCACAUGUGAGACAUUAUUGUGGAUCCACCAGAUGCAUAUGAUUGGGGUAAAGCCAUGAGACAAUGGUUUUCUAAUUGGGCCACGUAUUUCAAUAUGCUGUUAGGUAGCAAUGCCAUGAGACCAGGUAGGUUAUACCUGUGUUGAUAAUUCUGCUAAUCAUUUGUUUGGGGCCAUGUGUAUUGCAGUAUUUGGAAGGAAUGAUUGAGACAAGCUUUGCUGUUCAUUAUAGACCACAGUAUUAAAUUAUGAAUUGAAGAUUUUGUAUUGCCAUUAUUUGAAAGGUACUGUUCUUUUAAAAAACCUUAAGCCUUAACGAUUUCCAUCAAAAGUGAAGCACUGCAUCAUAAUGUUGAUAUUGUUUGGUAAUCCAGUGUCAGUGAUGGAGGGAGAUUCUGUCACUCUAAACACUGAUGUUACUGAAAUACAUGAGGAUGAUGAAAUACUGUGGAAUUUUGGAGCUGAAAGGUUUAUCGUAGCUAAAAUAAAUAGAGGGGCUGGAAUCUUCUCCAUAUUUGAUGGUGUUCUUGAUGGGAAAUUCAAAGAAAGACUGAAGCUGAACAAACAAACGGGAUCUCUGACCAUCACAAACAUCACAACUCAACAUGCUGGACUCUAUAAACUAGAGAUACAUGGAGCGAAACUGACAAUAAAAGCAUUCAGUGUUUUUGUCUAUGCUCAUCUACCUGUUCCGAACAUUACCAGAGACUGUUUUUCAUCAUCAUCUUCAUAUUGUUCAUUGGUGUGUUCGGUGGUGAAUGUGGGUCAUGUGACUCUCUCCUGGUACAAAGGACACAGUUUAUUGUCCAGCAUCAGUGUGUCUGAUCUCAGCAUCAGUCUCUCUCUACCUCUGGAGGUGGAAUAUCAGGAUAACAACACCUACAGCUGUGUGCUCAACAAUCCCAUCAGCAACCAGACGAGACACCUCAACAUUACACAGCACUGUCAGCCAUGUGCAGAUCAGGGCCUACCGUUAUCUUAUUUAGCGGUGAUCUCUAUUCCUGUUGCUGUAUCUCUGUUGAUUGUCACCGCAGUCGUGAUCUUCUGGAUCUACAAGAAAUAUAGAAAAACUGAUCAAGAAGUUGAGACUCGUGAUGAUGAGGUUACUUACACUGAGCCAGUGUUCUACAAAAGAAAUGCACAUAAAUCGAAUAAGAAAGAUACAGAGGAAGAGCAUGUGGACUAUACACCUGUCACCAUGAGAAGAGAGGAAACUCGUACCGAGUCUGAGUCUGUGGAUGAGUUUUGGAAGUGGUCGGCUUAUUAGAAUGACUUCUGA